CAUGUUCAAACAGGACCUGUGGACGUGCAUUAGUGGAGAGAAGUCAGAGUGGGGCUGCUACACACUGCUAUGCAGGCAGUGCACCAGAUCAGUCGUGGGUUAUUAUUUAUUAAUGAUCAUGUGAAUCAUUAGAUGGCAUUCUAUUUGUAAUUCUGCCACCAGGGUGUAUUAGACAAGGACACUCAUAUAUUGUGUAUUGCAAAACAUUAUUUAUUUUGUUUAUAAAAACACAACAUAAAUAAAUAUAAUAAUAUAUUUGGCAUAACAUGCAGCACAUAGAACACUAGAAAUGUUAGGUGUGUAUGUGAUCUUAAAGUUAUUGGCAUUAUGUUUCAUGGAUGUGCAAUAAUUAGUUAUUAGUGCCAUUAUUUAUUUAUUUAACCCCUAACAGAAGCCAUUUUACAUGAUCUCUUUCUUAUUCGAGCAGUAGACAGGAAGUGUAAACAGGUUUGUUGAGGUUGGCACUUCUUAGAAUUUUGUGUAUAGGGAAGGAAGUACAGACAAAGAAGUCCGAGAGAAACUCUGCUCUCACAUUUUAAUGAACUGUUUCUUGUCUUUCUCCUCUUUUCCUUCUGCAUUAUUAGAAAUGUAAAGUUAAUGUGUUUUUUUUAAAAGCUAAGCGUCAGAGCUUCAUUGUCGUUUUCGAUGUGAAGAUGGACCAAACCUUGCGUUGUGUGCUGGGGUUUUUCUUGCUGAAUUUGAUCCCCCACGGAUUGGCUCAAGGUAACCGUCCCCGUGUGACCACAACAUCCAACUGGCCUGAAACAUUCUGGGCUGAGACGCUCACUCUCAGAUGUGAGAUUGAGGGAGGUGGAGACUCUGAAUGGACGUUUGGAUGGAGAAGAGACAGAACAUUCAGCUCAGACAAAUAUACAGCAGACAAUAAAUACAUUAUUAGUGGAGCCACUGAAUCUGACAACGGAGACUAUGAGUGCAUCGGCAGAAGGGGCCACACUAAUUCUACCUUCACGCCUUGGAGUGAACCCUUCAAAUUGACUGUAACACCAAGAACACCAAAGGCUGAACUGAGAGCUGACAGGACAUCAAUUCCAGCAGGGGGCGCUGUGAUCCUGACCUGUGAUGUGAACCCUCCAUCAUCUGGCUGGACGUACAUCUUAUACAGAGGAGAUCACCCGCGCACACAAGAUGAUGGUAAAAACUUCAAUGGACGAAUCAGUGUCUCCCAGGGAGGAGUCUACUGGUGCAGAGGAGAGAGAGGAGAACCAGUUUACUACACAGAGUACAGCUAUUCAGUCACUAUCAACAUCAUUUUAUCAAACAGAGCUGUUGUGACUCUUCAGCCCCAUUGGACUGAGAUAUACAGCGGAGAGAAGAUCACUUUUAGAUGUGAAAUCGAGGGUGGAGACGACUCUGAGUGGGAGUACGAGUGGGAAACAACCACCUCUGAAAGAUCUGUAAGACAGAGUAAAUCCUUUGAAAUGACUGCUACUUCUUACAGGGAAGGAGAAUACAAGUGUAAGGGAAAACACAAAACUGAGGUACUUUCUUCAACACCAUGGAGCACUCCAAUCACAUUGAAAGUAUCAGCAAGAACACCAAAGGCUGAACUGAGAGCUGACAGGACAUCAAUUCCAGCAGGGGGCGCUGUGACCCUGACCUGUGAUGUGAACCCUCCAUCAUCUGGCUGGACGUACAUCUUAUACAGAGGAGAUCACUCGGGCACACAAGAUGAUGGUAAAAACUUCAAUGGACGAAUCAGUGUCUCCCAGGGAGGAGUCUACUGGUGCAGAGGAGAGAGAGGAGAACCAGUUUACUACACAGAGUACAGUGAUUCAGUCACUAUCAACAUCAUUUUAUCAAACAGAGCUGUUGUGACUCUUCAGCCCCGUUGGACUGAGAUAUACAGCGGAGAGAAGAUCACUUUUAGAUGUGAAAUCGAGGGUGGAGACGACUCUGAGUGGGAGUAUGAGUGGGAAACAACCACCUCUGAUAAAUCUGUGAAAAAAAACAGUAAAUCAUUUAAAUUCACUGCUAAUGUUUACAGUCGAGGAGAAUACAAGUGUAAGGGAAAACACAAAACUGAGGUACUUUCCUCAACACCAUGGAGCACCCCAAUCACAUUGACAGUAUCAGAACAAAAACCAAAGGCUGAGCUGAAGGCUGAUAACACAGAUAUUCCAGUAGGAGGUUAUGUGACCCUGACCUGUGAUGUGAGGUCUUCAUCUGGUUGGAAAUACUACUUUUGGUACAGAGCAGAUAAAUCCUCUAACCCAUCAUCCAUAAAUGAUGUCUCCUCGGCUGGACAAAUGAAUGUCUCAAAGGAAGGACUCUACUGGUGUAGAGGAGCGAGAGGAAACCCAGUUUACUACACAGAGGACAGUAAUAGAAUUAUGUUAAAAGAAAAUACGGUUGCAAACAAGGCUGUCGUGACUCUGCACCCCGACUGGUCUGAAAUAUACAAUGACGAGUCGAUUACUCUAAGAUGUGAGAUAAAGGAAGGAGACGACGCUGAGUGGGAGUACGAGUGGAAAACAAGCAGCUCAGUCAAACCUCCAAAAGAAAAGGAAUACAGUAUUGGACCUGCUAAUACAUCACACAGUGGAAACUACAGUUGUAAGGGCAGAAAAAAAAGUGAUCAGUCUCCAACAGGUUGGAGCGAUCCCAUCACAUUAACGGUUUUAUCCAGUUCACCCCAGCCUGUCCUCACCGUGUCUCCACUCUGGCUGAGUCCUGGAGACUCUGUGACUCUGAUCUGUGAGGUUAAACACCCAUCAGCAGGAUGGAGGUUCUACUGGUAUAAAGCUAUUCCCAAACUAUCUGACAACUCCUACAGCUACCAGCUGCUAUCUGGAAGCAGAGAUGGAACUGAAAAGUAUUCCUUCAUUGUUCAUGGAAAGACACACACAGCAGGAUAUGUGUGCAGAGCUGGAAGAGGAGAAAUGAACACUCCUUAUAGUAAACUAAAGUUUGUCUGGUCUGGAGAUUUGCCUUCAUCAGCAUCUCUCACAGUGAGUCCUGAAAGAGUGCAACACUUCACCUCUGAUUCUGUCUCACUGGAGUGUAAGGGGAACUCUACUCAGUGGAGAGUGAAGUUUCAAGAGGACAGCUCCCUGGAAGAUUGCUCCCAGUGGGAUACAAUGACUGGAUCAACAUGCACAAUAGAGGGAUAUAGAUCGAGAAAUAAUGUGUACUGGUGUGAGUCUGGAUCAGGGGAGUUCAGCAACGCUGUCAACAUCACUAAACAGAAGUAUAACAUUAUCCUGGUGAGCCCUGUCCAUCCAGUGACUGAAGGAAGUUCAGUUAGUCUUAGCUGCAGAUUGAGAAGCUCAAAUAUUGUUUCCAAUGUGUUCUUCUAUCGGAAUAACAAACUCAUUCAAAAUGAUACCAGAAAGGAGCUUAAUAUCUCUGCUGUGUCAAAGUCUGAUGAGGGCUUCUACAAGUGUCAGACCUCAGGGAGAGAGUCGUCUCAGAGUUGGAUGUCAGUAACAGUUGUAGCGGUGUCCAGGCUUGGGAACCCUUCAUAUCCUGUAAUUCUCGUGAUUGUCGGGCUGAUUUGUGGAGUAGUACUUAUAAUUCUUCUGCUCCUAUUGUAUCGCUGCAGGCAGUCCAAGGACUCAUGCUUCAGGAGGCCAAGCCAGUCUGAGAGUAACAACCAAGACUCUGCCAGAAGUCAUGAACUUUACCAGAAUGUGGCUCAACCUGAUGUAUACUCUACUCUCCUGCACGGUGAUGCCAGUGUCUACGAAACACUGCAAAUCUCUGAGGACAACAACGCUGGUACUGACCAGCUGGGGCUCUUCCCUGUGCAACUGGCUGCUGGACUUCCUCAGCGAGAGGCCUCAGACAGUGCGGGUCGGCGGCAGCACAUCAAAAACCACCGUCAUGAGCACUGGGGCCCCCCAUGCAGCAACCACAUUGUGAAGUUCGCGGACGACACAACAGUGGUUGGUCUCAUCUCCAACAACGAUGAGACGCACUACAGGAUGGAGGUCAGCCAACUGGCCACAUGGUGUAGAGACAACAACCUCUUCCUGAAGGUCGACAAGACCAAGGAGGUUGUUGUCGACUUCCGGAGAGUCCCCACUCCUACACCUCCACUGACCAUCGACGGUGCUGCUGUGGAGAGAACAGGUAACCGUCCCCGUGUGACCACAACAUCCAACUGGCCUGAAACAUUCUGGGCUGAGACGCUCACUCUCAGAUGUGAGAUUGAGGGAGGUGGAGACUCUGAAUGGAUGUUUGGAUGGAGAGGACACAGAACAUCCAGCUCAGACAAAUAUACAGCAGACAAUAAAUACAUUAUUAGUGGAGCCACUGAUUCUGACAACGGAGACUAUGAGUGCAUCGGCAGAAGGGGCCACACUAAUCCUACCUUCACGCCUUGGAGUGAACCCUUCAAAUUGACUGUAACAACAAGAACACCAAAGGCUGAACUGAGAGCUGACAGGACAUCAAUUCCAGCAGGGGGCGCUGUGACCCUGACCUGUGAUGUGAACCCUCCAUCAUCUGGCUGGACGUACAUCUUAUACAGAGGAGAUCACUCGGGCACACAAGAUGAUGGUAAAAACUUCAAUGGACGAAUCAGUGUCUCCCAGGGAGGAGUCUACUGGUGCAGAGGAGAGAGAGGAGAACCAGUUUACUACACAGAGUACAGUGAUUCAGUCACUAUCAACAUCAUUUUAUCAAACAGAGCUGUUGUGACUCUUCAGCCCCGUUGGACUGAGAUAUACAGCGGAGAGAAGAUCACUUUUAGAUGUGAAAUCGAGGGUGGAGACGACUCUGAGUGGGAGUAUGAGUGGGAAACAACCACCUCUGAUAAAUCUGUGAAAAAAAACAGUAAAUCAUUUAAAUUCACUGCUAAUGUUUACAGUCGAGGAGAAUACAAGUGUAAGGGAAAACACAAAACUGAGGUACUUUCCUCAACACCAUGGAGCACCCCAAUCACAUUGACAGUAUCAGAACAAAAACCAAAGGCUGAGCUGAAGGCUGAUAACACAGAUAUUCCAGUAGGAGGUUAUGUGACCCUGACCUGUGAUGUGAGGUCUUCAUCUGGUUGGAAAUACUACUUUUGGUACAGAGCAGAUAAAUCCUCUAACCCAUCAUCCAUAAAUGAUGUCUCCUCGGCUGGACAAAUGAAUGUCUCAAAGGAAGGACUCUACUGGUGUAGAGGAGCGAGAGGAAACCCAGUUUACUACACAGAGGACAGUAAUAGAAUUAUGUUAAAAGAAAAUACGGUUGCAAACAAGGCUGUCGUGACUCUGCACCCCGACUGGUCUGAAAUAUACAAUGACGAGUCGAUUACUCUAAGAUGUGAGAUAAAGGAAGGAGACGACGCUGAGUGGGAGUACGAGUGGAAAACAAGCAGCUCAGUCAAACCUCCAAAAGAAAAGGAAUACAGUAUUGGACCUGCUAAUACAUCACACAGUGGAAACUACAGUUGUAAGGGCAGAAAAAAAAGUGAUCAGUCUCCAACAGGUUGGAGCGAUCCCAUCACAUUAACGGUUUUAUCCAGUUCACCCCAGCCUGUCCUCACCGUGUCUCCACUCUGGCUGAGUCCUGGAGACUCUGUGACUCUGAUCUGUGAGGUUAAACACCCAUCAGCAGGAUGGAGGUUCUACUGGUAUAAAGCUAUUCCCAAACUAUCUGACAACUCCUACAGCUACCAGCUGCUAUCUGGAAGCAGAGAUGGAACUGAAAAGUAUUCCUUCAUUGUUCAUGGAAAGACACACACAGCAGGAUAUGUGUGCAGAGCUGGAAGAGGAGAAAUGAACACUCCUUAUAGUAAACUAAAGUUUGUCUGGUCUGGAGAUUUGCCUUCAUCAGCAUCUCUCACAGUGAGUCCUGAAAGAGUGCAACACUUCACCUCUGAUUCUGUCUCACUGGAGUGUAAGGGGAACUCUACUCAGUGGAGAGUGAAGUUUCAAGAGGACAGCUCCCUGGAAGAUUGCUCCCAGUGGGAUACAAUGACUGGAUCAACAUGCACAAUAGAGGGAUAUAGAUCGAGAAAUAAUGUGUACUGGUGUGAGUCUGGAUCAGGGGAGUUCAGCAACGCUGUCAACAUCACUAAACAGAAGUAUAACAUUAUCCUGGUGAGCCCUGUCCAUCCAGUGACUGAAGGAAGUUCAGUUAGUCUUAGCUGCAGAUUGAGAAGCUCAAAUAUUGUUUCCAAUGUGUUCUUCUAUCGGAAUAACAAACUCAUUCAAAAUGAUACCAGAAAGGAGCUUAAUAUCUCUGCUGUGUCAAAGUCUGAUGAGGGCUUCUACAAGUGUCAGACCUCAGGGAGAGAGUCGUCUCAGAGUUGGAUGUCAGUAACAGUUGUAGCGGUGUCCAGGCUUGGGAACCCUUCAUAUCCUGUAAUUCUCGUGAUUGUCGGGCUGAUUUGUGGAGUAGUACUUAUAAUUCUUCUGCUCCUAUUGUAUCGCUGCAGGCAGUCCAAGGACUCAUGCUUCAGGAGGCCAAGCCAGUCUGAGAGUAACAACCAAGACUCUGCCAGAAGUCAUGAACUUUACCAGAAUGUGGCUCAACCUGAUGUAUACUCUACUCUCCUGCACGGUGAUGCCAGUGUCUACGAAACACUGCAAAUCUCUGAGGACAACAACGCUGGGGAUGAUUACGUCAACCAAUCAGUAAGGCACUGAAGACACUGAAAAUGUUCUUUGAACACACAGUUUGUAAAUUCCGCCGCCAGGGGACUACCACAAAAGACGACAUCAAGGCUGGCGGGGAAUCAUGGGAGUGAUUCUCUCUGCUACUCUGUCCCCAACCCUGAUGAAAAUGAGCUAAGAGUUGACCGUAGUGAAGACAAACGAGCGAAACCGACCUAGAGGAAGAGAAUAUGUUUACCGACGAUGUAUCCAAGUCUGAUUUACAUGAAGUUUUUAUCACAGCAGCACAUACAGCAACAGUACGGUGUUUCCAUGGCAACGAUAUACGUUGUGUCUGUCAUGGAGGCUCUGUCAUGGUGGCCACCACGACAACACGGCUUCUGUUACUAUAAUAUUAAGGAUUUCUCUGGCUUUGAUAACUGUUGUAAAUAUUUGCGGGAAUGUAAGUACAAGACGAAAAAUAUAUUUAUAACAUCAGUUUCGUCAAUUUUUAAUUAUUUAGAUAUUUAAGUGUAAAAAUUUGUAUAUCUUUCUACAUAUUGUAUAUUUAAAGGAGCUGAUUAAAUUACAUAAAUUAUGUUCACAUCGUUACUUAACAUGCAACUCUGCUUUCCAAUUAUCACAAAUGUUCAAGGGUUAGUACAGUUCAUUUGUUUUCUGGUUAAAUAAGAGUGACAGAAUAUGUAUUACAUUACUCAUAUUAGCUAAAAGCUUACAAUUAUUACCUGAAUAUUCUUGACUAUUCUUAUUUUUAGAAGUAUAUAUUUUAUUUUGUCAUUUAUCUGUCAAUUUUGUGUACUAAACUUUGGAUACGAGUUGUUUCAGCUGCUUCAUACUGUAUAUUUUAGCUUGAGCACCCAGUUGAUAGUGCAGCUUUAAAGUCGGCUUCUUUGUCAGUGUUGGCUUACAAAGAUCCCGGAUGGACAUCAACAUUACUUUUAUAUCUGUGAUGACCUGCUCUCCACCAACAUAAUCAUUUACAUUAUAGUUUAUUGAACCGUCAGUAAUUUGUAUCUUAAUUAUUUCAUAGUUAUGUAUUGUUAAAGUAUUUCUGCUGUAAUGUUCCUAAUAAAUGUUUUAAACAGGAACAA